UCUCUCUCUCUCUCUCUCUCUCUCUCUUGUUUCUCUCUCCUCCAUAUGAACCCGCACGAAUGCCGAGCGAAACUUGUGUUCACUGAGAGAGAGAGAGAGAGAGAGAGAGAGAGAGACGAAGAAGAAGAAGAGCACCUGCGACAGAACACACGCACACGAGAGAGAGAGAGAGAGAGAGAGGGAGAGAAUUAGGGUUUCCUCCUUUCUUCAUUUUCUCCCGCUCCUCGAAAUCCACUAAUAUUACAAAAUCAGAAUCGUUAAUUGGAUUCCCGGGGAUCUCAAAACAGGUUGUGAUCGGAGGGUUUCGCGCACUGGGUGCCCUCGGAGCUCGGGAGCGACGGAGGGCCCAUUUAGUCCGUAGUCUUCUCGUAAGCUUCCUGGCCGUGUGAGCUAGAUUUCACAGUCGCACAACUAAUGUUGCUUGCGUACAAUAUCAACCAAUAAUCCAGGGAGCAAAUUCUCACGCGGAUUUUAUAGAAUGGCCCAAGAGAAUCACGAAAUUGUGCCUUACAACCCAGCAAACUUUCCCAUCAGGCGCAAACGUGGACGUCCUCGAAAGUAUGACUAUCCUGGAUAUGAGCCGCGAAGGAGAGCCCAAACAUAUUAUCCUCGACCUAAUCCGAGCCAACCUAAUGCUAACCCUAGUGGCCAAGUGGUUCAGCCACAACCGAACCCUUCCCCUAGUUCAAGUCAGGUACCUUGUGGUUCAGCGGCUCAUACAGCAGCUACUCCUGCUUCUACUGCUAGUCAUUGCCAUCCUCGUGUCCCAGUAGGCCCAACAGCUGCUAAUUCAUGCCAUGGGCCUGAUGAUCUAUUGGGCAAGACAGUCUCCGGUGUCUUGGAUGGCAUAUUUGAUUCUGGGUAUCUGCUUACUGUGCGAGUGGGACCCACAGGGCCUGUCCUUAAGGGUUUGGUCUUUGAUCCACGUGUAUCUGUCCCUCUUUCGGAGGAUAAUGAUGUGGCACCACUGCUUCCAAUGACAAAAAGAGGCGAAAUUCCAAUUCCUGGCCAGGCUCCAAUCUCCAUACCGGUCCAAAGUGUACCAAAUAGGGUAACAGUUGCACAGCCUAUUCAAAUGAGGGAGCCGGGUUGUGAAUUGUCCCCUCCUUUAAGUAGAAAAAGGGCAACCAAACAUGAUGGUAAGCAUGUUAGUCCAGAUAUGCAAUUUGCUCUAAAGUCCGAGUUAAGAGCCAAAAUUCUGCGGGCUUUACUAAAUAAAGCUGCCUCCGAUGCUAAUGCACAAUCCACAUCAGCGGCGCCUUCCAAAUCUGGAAAGAGAUUCAAACAAAACAGGUUGCCUUCAGGCUCUUCUGCUGGAAAAAUUGAGACAUCUAAAGAUAUUGCUGACACUUCAGAGGGGGGUCGAAAUAUCAACUUUGUCGAGGGUCCAAGAGAAUGUGAAGGUUCAAAGCAAAUAAAGGGACCAUCAGGCCAAAUGCAGCAAGUAGCUACUAUAUUUUCUGUCACUGAUGGAUCAUCAGGUCAAAUGGAGCAGCCUAAUACUCAACAUUUGACCUUGAGCAAAAACAAGGGAUUGUCAGGUGAUGUAGUGGGACCAAACAUUCCUCUAAACAAACAGCCUAAUGCUCAAACAUCUGGGUUAAACAGCGAAAAGGAAACAUUAGGCCAAAUACAACAAGCUGGUACUCCUAUUUCAGGCUUAAAUGCAACGGACCAGCCACCAGAUCAGACACCGCAACCUCAUACUGAACCCUCUUGCUCGAAUGAGAUCAAGGAAUCUUCAGGAAAGAUACAGGACCCUGUUACAGAAGCUUCUGGUUUGAAUGGAACUGAGGUUUUGUCAGGUGAGAACAAUUUGCCUGCUGCUCAAAGUUCUGAACAGCUACCGCCUUCCGAAGAAUCCAAAGAAGAGCCGGGAGAAAAUGAACAUUUAGAUCCGGUCGCUGCUGAUAAGUCCGAUAGUUAAGAGGCUGCGGCGAAGCAAAGCACACUCUUCAAUUAGCGGUUUUACCAAUUUAAAUAGGUCAACAAAAACCUAACUUGCUAGUUUAUAUUAACUUUUAUCUCUAAAGUUUUAUAUUGGACUAUAUGAGCUGAGACUGUUUUAAGUGUUGCCAAUUAGCUUAAUAGGAGCACAUUCUUAUAGGCCGAAAAGUAAUCUACAUUUCGCUGUAACCUUGAUAAUGUAAUGUUUUCUGCUUACAAUUUGAGAAAAUAGGUCUGUUUACCGAAUGUUUUCGGUCACUCCUCAAGUUUCAUUGGCAAUUCUGAAGACGGAUUAACAAUUUAUAUUGACCAGUGUAAGUUUAGGCAUCCUUGAGAUGCUACGAAAGAUAACAAUUUAUAUUGACCAGUGUAAGUUUAGGCAUCCUUGAGAUGCUACGAAAGAUUGUGGACUUUUGGUGCUUC